AUGGUCCGCUUCGGGGACGAGCUGGGCGGCCGCUAUGGGGGCACCGGCGGCGGGGAACGGGCGCGGGGCGGCGGGGCCGGCGGGGCGGGUGGCCCGGGCCCCGGGGGUCUGCCGCCGGGCCAGAGGGUCCUGUACAAGCAGUCCAUCGCGCAGCGCGCGCGGACCAUGGCUCUGUACAACCCUAUUCCGGUCAAGCAGAACUGCUUCACCGUCAACCGCUCGCUCUUCGUCUUCAGCGAGGACAACGUCGUCCGCAAAUACGCCAAGCGCAUCACCGAGUGGCCUCCCUUCGAGUACAUGAUCCUGGCCACCAUCAUCGCCAACUGUAUCGUGCUGGCCCUGGAGCAGCACCUCCCUGACGGGGACAAGACGCCCAUGUCCGAGCGCCUGGAUGACACGGAGCCUUAUUUCAUCGGAAUCUUUUGCUUCGAGGCGGGCAUCAAGAUCAUCGCAUUGGGCUUCGUUUUCCACAAGGGCUCCUACCUUCGAAAUGGCUGGAAUGUCAUGGACUUCGUGGUGGUCCUCACCGGGAUCCUCGCCACAGCUGGAACAGACUUCGACCUGCGAACCCUGAGGGCUGUGCGUGUGCUGAGGCCCCUGAAGCUGGUGUCUGGGAUUCCGAGUUUGCAGGUGGUGCUCAAGUCCAUCAUGAAGGCCAUGGUGCCGCUGCUGCAGAUCGGGCUGCUGCUCUUCUUCGCUAUCCUCAUGUUUGCCAUCAUCGGCCUCGAGUUCUACAUGGGCAAAUUCCACAAGGCCUGUUUCCCCAACAGCACGGAUGCAGACCCUGUAGGUGACUUCCCCUGUGGCAAAGAGGCCCCAGCCCGGCUGUGUGAGGGUGACACCGAGUGCCGGGAGUACUGGCCAGGACCCAACUUCGGCAUCACCAACUUUGACAACAUCCUGUUUGCCAUCUUGACGGUGUUUCAGUGUAUCACCAUGGAGGGUUGGACCGACAUUCUGUACAAUACAAAUGAUGCAGCUGGUAACACCUGGAACUGGCUCUACUUCAUCCCCCUCAUCAUCAUUGGCUCCUUCUUCAUGCUCAACCUGGUGUUGGGCGUCCUCUCAGGAGAGUUUGCCAAGGAGCGAGAGCGGGUGGAGAAUCGCCGAGCCUUCCUGAAGCUCCGCAGGCAGCAGCAGAUUGAGAGGGAACUGAAUGGGUACCUGGAGUGGAUCUUCAAGGCUGAGGAAGUCAUGCUGGCUGAGGAGGACAAGAAUGCAGAGGAGAAGUCCCCUUUGGAUGCAGUGUUGAAGAGAGCCGCCACCAAGAAGAGCCGAAAUGACCUGAUCCACGCAGAGGAGGGAGAGGACCGGUUUGCAGACCUCUGUGCCGUUGGGUCCCCUUUCGCUCGUGCCAGCCUCAAGAGCGGGAAGACAGAGAGCUCAUCUUAUUUCCGGAGGAAGGAGAAGAUGUUCCGGUUCUUCAUCCGGCGCAUGGUGAAGGCUCAGAGUUUCUACUGGGUGGUGCUGUGUGUGGUGGCCCUGAACACACUGUGCGUGGCCAUGGUGCAUUACAACCAGCCGCAGCGGCUCACCACUGCACUGUACUUCGCAGAGUUUGUCUUCCUGGCUCUCUUUCUCACAGAGAUGACCCUGAAGAUGUAUGGCCUGGGUCCCAGAAGCUACUUCCGGUCUUCCUUCAACUGCUUUGACUUUGGGGUCAUUGUAGGGAGCAUCUUUGAAGUGAUCUGGGCGGCCAUCAAGCCAGGAACCUCCUUUGGGAUCAGUGUGCUGCGGGCGCUGCGCCUGCUGAGGAUCUUCAAGGUCACCAAGUACUGGAACUCCCUGAGGAACCUAGUGGUGUCCCUGCUUAACUCCAUGAAGUCCAUCAUCAGUCUCCUCUUCCUGCUCUUCCUCUUCAUCGUGGUCUUCGCCCUGCUGGGGAUGCAGCUGUUUGGGGGACAGUUCAACUUUAGAGAUGAGACUCCGACGACCAACUUUGACACUUUUCCCGCUGCCAUCCUCACUGUGUUUCAGAUCCUGACAGGAGAGGACUGGAAUGCGGUGAUGUAUCACGGGAUCGAGUCACAAGGUGGAGUCAGCAAAGGCAUGUUCUCCUCCUUCUACUUCAUUGUCCUAACGCUGUUCGGAAACUAUACCCUGCUGAAUGUCUUCCUAGCCAUUGCUGUGGACAACCUCGCCAAUGCCCAGGAGCUGACCAAGGAUGAAGAAGAGAUGGAAGAAGCUGCCAAUCAGAAGCUCGCCCUGCAGAAAGCCAAAGAAGUGGCCGAAGUCAGCCCCAUGUCUGCUGCCAACAUCUCCAUUGCCGCCAGGCAGCAGAACUCGGCCAAGGCGCGCUCGGUGUGGGAGCAGCGGGCCAGCCAGCUGCGGCUGCAGAACCUUCGCGCCAGCUGCGAGGCGCUGUACAGCGAGAUGGACCCGGAGGAGCGGCUGCGCUACGCCACCACGCGCCACGUGCGCCCCGACAUGAAGACGCACAUGGACCGGCCGCUGGUGGUGGAGCCCGGCCGCGACGGCCCCAGAGCGCCCCCGACGGGCAAGGCGCGGCCCGAGGGCGCGGAGGCCACGGAGGGCGCAGACCCACCCCGCCGGCACCACCGGCACCGUGACAGGGACAAGGCCCCUGCUCCAGCCGCGGCGGCGACUUCGACCCUGGCCCCGGCGGCGGGCGAGCAGGACAAGGCGGAUGGCCCGAAGGCCGAGAGCGCGGAAGCGGGGCCCCGGGACGAGCGCCCGCGUCCCCGCCGCAGUCACAGCAAGGAGACCCCGGCGCCCGCGGAGGGACCGGCGCGCUGCGAGCGAGGCCGGCGCCACCACCGGCGCGGAUCUCCGGAGGAGGCGGCGGCGGCGGGGGAACGAGAGCCCCGGCGCCAUCGCACGCACCGGCACGCACCAGAUCCCGGCAAGGAGGGCGCCGCGCCUGGGCCCAAGGGCGAGCGGCGCCCGCGGCACCGAGUCCCUCGCGCCGGUGCCCGCGAGGCGGAGAGCGGCGAGGAGCAUGCACGUAGGCACCGUGCGCGGCACAAGGUGCCGCCGACGCAGGACCCCGCAGAGAGAGAGGCCACAGAGAAGGAGGGCGACAUCGCCGCCGCCGCCGAAGGGGACAAGGAGACGCGAAACCACCAGCCAAAGGAGCCUCACUGUGACCUGGAGGCCAGUGGGGUGGCAAGUGUGGGCCCUGUGCACACGCUGCCCAGCACAUGUCUCCAGAAGGUGGAGGAACAGCCGGAGGAUGCAGACAACCAGCGUAACGUCACCCGGAUGGGCAGUCAACCCUCAGACCCAAGUACCACUGUGCACGUCCCAGUGACACUGACAGGCCCUCUUGGGGAGACCACGGUAGUUCCCAGUGGUAACGUGGACCUGGAAAGCCAAGCAGAGGGGAAGAAGGAGACAGAAGCUGAUGAUGUGCUAAGGAGAGGCCCCCGGCCCAUCGUCCCAUACAGCUCCAUGUUCUGCCUCAGCCCCACCAACCUGCUCCGUCGUUUCUGCCAUUACAUUGUGACCAUGCGGUACUUUGAGAUGGUGAUUCUCGUGGUCAUCGCCCUGAGCAGCAUUGCCCUGGCUGCCGAGGACCCUGUGCGGACCGACUCAUCUAGGAACAAUGCUCUGAAGUACAUGGAUUACAUAUUCACAGGCGUUUUCACCUUUGAGAUGGUGAUAAAGAUGAUUGACUUGGGACUGCUGCUGCAUCCUGGAUCCUACUUCCGGGACCUCUGGAACAUUCUGGACUUCAUUGUGGUCAGUGGAGCCCUGGUGGCAUUUGCCUUCUCGAGCUUCAUGGGAGGAUCCAAAGGGAAAGACAUCAACACCAUCAAGUCCCUGAGAGUCCUGCGGGUCCUGCGGCCCCUCAAGACCAUCAAACGGCUACCUAAACUCAAGGCCGUGUUCGACUGUGUGGUGAACUCCCUGAAGAACGUCCUGAACAUCCUGAUCGUCUACAUGCUGUUCAUGUUCAUAUUUGCCGUCAUCGCAGUGCAGCUCUUCAAAGGGAAGUUUUUUUACUGCACGGAUGAGUCCAAGGAGCUGGAGAGGGACUGCAGGGGUCAGUAUUUGGAUUAUGAGAAGGACGAAGUGGAAGCUCAGCCAAGGCAGUGGAAGAAAUACGAUUUCCAUUAUGACAACGUGCUCUGGGCCCUGCUGACGCUGUUCACAGUGUCCACAGGAGAGGGGUGGCCCAUGGUGUUGAAACACUCUGUGGAUGCCACCUACGAGGAGCAGGGGCCGAGCCCUGGGUUCCGCAUGGAGCUGUCCAUCUUCUACGUGGUCUACUUCGUGGUCUUCCCCUUUUUCUUCGUCAACAUCUUUGUGGCCUUGAUCAUUAUCACUUUCCAGGAGCAGGGCGACAAGGUGAUGUCUGAAUGUAGCCUGGAGAAGAACGAGAGAGCUUGCAUUGACUUCGCCAUCAGCGCCAAGCCCCUGACACGGUACAUGCCCCAAAACAAGCAGUCGUUCCAGUACAAGACGUGGACAUUUGUGGUUUCCCCACCCUUUGAGUACUUCAUCAUGGCCAUGAUCGCCCUCAACACAGUAGUGCUGAUGAUGAAGUUCUACAAUGCACCCUACGAGUAUGAACUGAUGCUGAAAUGCCUGAACAUUGUGUUCACAUCCAUGUUCUCCAUGGAAUGUGUGUUGAAGAUCAUCGCCUUUGGGGUGCUGAACUACUUCAGAGAUGCCUGGAACGUCUUUGACUUUGUCACUGUAUUGGGAAGUAUUACUGAUAUUUUAGUAACAGAGAUUGCGAAUAACUUCAUCAACCUGAGCUUCCUCCGCCUCUUCCGAGCUGCGCGGCUCAUCAAGCUGCUCCGCCAGGGCUACACCAUCCGCAUCCUGCUGUGGACCUUCGUCCAGUCCUUCAAGGCGCUGCCCUACGUGUGCCUCCUCAUCGCCAUGCUAUUCUUCAUCUAUGCCAUCAUCGGCAUGCAGGUUUUUGGAAACAUUGCUCUGGAUGAUGACACCAGCAUCAACCGACACAACAACUUUCGGACGUUCCUGCAAGCCCUGAUGCUGUUGUUCAGGAGUGCCACAGGGGAGGCCUGGCAUGAGAUCAUGCUGUCUUGUCUGGGCAACCGGGCCUGCGACCCAUAUGCCAACGCUAGCGAGUGUGGAAGUGACUUUGCCUACUUUUAUUUCGUCUCCUUCAUCUUCCUCUGUUCCUUUUUGAUGUUGAACCUCUUUGUUGCUGUGAUCAUGGACAAUUUUGAGUACCUCACGCGGGACUCUUCCAUCCUAGGGCCUCACCACCUGGACGAGUUCAUUCGGGUCUGGGCUGAGUACGACCCAGCCGCGUGUGGGCGCAUCAGUUACAAUGACAUGUUUGAGAUGCUGAAACACAUGUCCCCGCCUCUGGGGCUGGGGAAGAAAUGCCCGGCUCGAGUUGCAUACAAGCGCCUGGUUCGCAUGAACAUGCCCAUAUCCAAUGAGGACAUGACGGUGCACUUUACGUCCACACUGAUGGCCCUCAUCCGGACCGCACUGGAGAUCAAGCUGGCCCCAGCCGGGACAAAGCAGCACCAGUGUGACGCGGAACUGAGGAAGGAGAUCUCCUCAGUGUGGGCCAAUCUGCCCCAGAAGACCCUGGACUUACUGGUACCACCCCACAAGCCUGAUGAGAUGACAGUGGGGAAAGUCUAUGCGGCUCUGAUGAUAUUCGACUUCUACAAACAGAACAAAACCACCAGAGACCAGAUUCACCAAGCUCCAGGAGGACUGUCUCAGAUGGGUCCCGUGUCCCUGUUCCACCCUCUGAAGGCCACUCUGGAGCAGGCGCAGCCAGCCGUGCUCCGAGGAGCUCGGGUUUUCCUUCGGCAGAAGAGUGCUACUUCCCUCAGCAACGGUGGUGCUGUACAAACCCAGGAGAGCGGCAUCAAGGAGUCCCUGUCUUGGGGCACUCAGAGGACCCAGGAUGCACUUUAUGAGGCCAGGGCCCCCCUAGAGCGUGGCCAUUCUGCAGAGAUUCCUGUGGGGCAGCCAGGGAAACUGACUGUGGAUGUCCAGAUGCAGAACAUGGCACUGAGAGGCUCUGAUGGGGAGCCCCAGCCUGGGCUGGAGAGCCAGGGCCGAGCUGCUUCUAUGCCACGUCUGGCGGCAGAAACACAGCCUGCCCCUGAUGCCAGCCCCAUGAAGCGCUCCAUCUCCACGCUGGCCCCACGCCCCCACGGAACUCAUCUUUGCAAUGCCGUCCUGGACCGGCCUCCCCCAAGCCAAGCGCCACAUCAUCACCACCACCGAUGCCACCGGCGCAGGGACAAGAAGCAGAGGUCCCUGGAGAAGGGGUCCAGCCUAUCUGCUGACCCAGAGGGUGCACCAAACAGUGCUGUGCACCAGGGAGAGGGGCCCACAGGCUGCCGGAGGGAGCGCAAACAGGAGCGAGGCAGGUCCCAGGAGCGGAGGCAGCCCUCAUCCUCUUCCUCAGAGAAGCAGCGUUUCUACUCUUGUGACCGCUUUGGGGGCCGGGAGCCCCCACAGCCCAAGCCCACCCUCAGUAGCCACCCCACGUCUCCAACAGCGGGGCUAGAGCCAGGAUCCCACCCACAGGGCAGUGGUUCCGUUAAUGGGAGCCCUUUGCUGCCAACAUCUGGUGCUAGCACCCCAGGCCGAGGUGGGCGGAGGCGGCUCCCCCAGACCCCUCUGACCCCACGCCCCAGCAUCACCUACAAGACGGCCAACUCCUCGCCCAUCCACUUUGCUGGGGCUCAGAGCGGCCCCCCAGCCUUCUCCCCCGGCCGGCUCAGCAGAGGUCUUUCUGAACACAACGCCCUGCUCCAGAGAGACCCCCUGAGCCAGCCCCUGGCCCCUGGCUCUCGCAUUGGCUCUGACCCGUACCUGGGCCAGCGUCUGGACAGUGAAGCCUCCGCCCACACCCUGCCCGAGGACACACUCACCUUUGAAGAGGCAGUGGCCACCAACUCUGGCCGCUCCUCCAGGACUUCCUAUGUGUCCUCCCUCACCUCCCAGUCCCACCCUCUCCGACGCGUGCCCAAUGGUUACCACUGCACUCUGGGACUCAGCACGGGCGUCCGAGCGCGGCACAGCUACCACCACCCAGACCAAGACCACUGGUGCUAGCUGCACCACGACCACCCACACACCGGCUCACAGCAGGUGCGGGCUCCAGUUGAUGAGUUUUAUCAUCCAUGCUGGGCUGUGGGGCUACAACCCCAGGAGGAGGGGCCUCGACUCAUGGCCUCUGUGGUGGAGGCUCCCGCUUCUCUCCCUCCCUCCCUUCCUCUUUUACACUGGAUGGACUAAUAAAGCCCUUUCUUAGAGGGAUGUGGCUCUCUAUCCCCCUGUGUGCUGCCUUCCUGGGUCCCAUGCCACAUGUCCGAUCCUAAUAAGGAGAUGGCUGAGUUGAAAUGGACCCAGCAAAUCUAAAUCCCAUGUCAUGGCCUCCAGCACCCAGGGUGGAUGCUUGGGACCUUUUUAAGAGGUCUAAUUCUCAAAGGGAGCAUUGUUUGUCCAGAUGUGUGGCAUGGGGGACAGGGUGUGCCUAAAAGCAAGGAAAGGAAUUCAGCUGUGGCCUGGCGACAUCUGCCAGUGAUCACACAUCUUUACUGAACAGCAGAUGUUUGUAGAAAUGCACUCCAAGCUGUGUCUUUUCCCCACAUUGUCACCACAACAGGGACCAAAUCUGGAGAGUGUUCUUGCUGUUGAUUCUGGUUUUUAGUCACCCUUCACCGUUUGUCAUUUCUAUAUACUUGAUCUAGAAAAAUAGAAAACGAAACAAACAAAAAAAAAAAAAAAACGGGGAAGGAAAAGUCAAUGUAACUUAAAAAAAAAAAAUUAACCUGUAGGAAGGUCUCCACUUUUCAUUGUUUGUGUGACUUGUGUGAGAUGUUCCUGUAUGGACUCUGCCAGGUCCGGACAGUCCCCUGAUGAUCCUGGCUCCGCUGCUCGACCAAGUGCCUGACCUCUGGCUCCUGGGCAUCAUGUGUGAGGCGAGGCCUUGUGACCCAUUGGGUGGGUUGGAUGAGGACUGCUCAGAACAGCACGAGGGCUCAUGUCCUGGGGAGCACCGACAACAUCCAGCAGCACGUCACAGUUGGAAGUAGGCCGCUGUGCCCCCCCCCCACGCCCCCACCACACACACACCGUCUUCCUCCCUUGAGUGAGGGCUUCCGCGAAGCCACAGAGCAGCAGAGUGUGUGCUUGGGUGAGGCAUUUUCAAUCUGUUCUUUAUCUGAUUCUCAGGGAUGGGAUGCCUGCCAAGUAGGGUGUGAUCUCUGUUGUGUGUGAAGUUAGUUUCCACGGAAGACUGAGGAGAGCAAAGGAUUGAGAAAGAAAAGGGCGAAGAGUGGGGAGUGGACUGGGGCCACCUGGGCAGGAGGGAGGAAGCCCCAGUUGAAGGCACAGCGGGCGAAUUUACUGGCAGAGGGGAACCAGCCCCUUAGCCUCUGUGGGGUGUUUAGAGCUUGGUGCGGCUCCUGGCUGCAGAGAGAGCCUCGCCUCGUGGCCACUCCGCAGAGGGGAAGCCCGUGCACUCAGGAUGGUGUGCAGCGUGCCCAAGGUGCCAGGAGGCCCGCUAGAGGAAGGGUACGCAUAGGCAAGCGCUCCUCCGUGUGUUCUCUGUGUUUUCUGAAAUCUCAGAUGACUUGACUUGGUAGGGGGUGUUGGUUUCUAACCCCGUGUUGCUCACAGAAGCUGUGUAGGACGUGUGUGUGUGUCCGCGCAUGCGCGUGCGUCAGCGCUCACAGGAGAUAAUGGGUGCGUGCGAUGUGUUCAGUGAGUGGAUGUUGUCAACCAUAGGGCUAUGCAACAAAAGACACAUUUACUAGAAACAAAACACAAGACCACCACCUGGUCUAAGGUUUCAGCAUGAUUGUGACCAAACCUUUUUAUAGAAUUUCCUUGUGAAGGCACAACACUCUGAAACUUUAAAGAUAACAGAGUAUUUUAUUCCAGUAGGGUAAAAGUAAACAGGAACUGUGCCCGUGAUUCUGCACUCGUGUGGCAAGGUAGAAGGGUGUGCGUUUUGAUACUGAUGUUUUGUCUGUGUUCCCGCCCCGGGCCCAUGUUCUCUUGGGCGCUGAAUGUAUCCAUUCUGUGUAGAACUGCAACAGACGUCUCCCCAGGCAGUCUCGGGUUGAGAACCCUCUUCUAGAUCCACCCGGCCUAGCUGGCUCGUCUGGGUUCUUCCAGGUGUUGGCAUUCAUGAGAAUGACAGGGAGCGGGGGAAAGGAAGCAUCGUGUCUUGGUUUUCCUGACUUUGGGUUUGUUUUCUGUACUGUCUCUUCUCAAGCUAUCGUCUGUUUCCCCAGAAAUCUCAUAGUGAGUUGCCAAAUUUGAAAUGCAACAACCAGCUGUCUGCAUCUGGAUCCUGUCAAGCAGUGGCUGUAGUUUGAACAAGUUACGUGUGCAUGUAAAAUAUAUACAAAUACACAUUAUACAAGUAUGUGCAUGAAAUGUAUAUCUUCGUACUUUUGAUACAAUGUAUUCAUUUGUUAAUUUUUAAUUAUAUUUGAUAUAAAUUGAA